UUUGUUUUUGUUUUUUAUUUUGUGGUAAAACGAGUUUUCGAGCUGUGAGUUUAUUUCUCGCUAUUUGUUUUGCUUUCUUAACCUGCCUUGUCUGACUGAUACUCUCAUGUGCAUACUCGUCUACACCAGCUUACCAAACUAACCGCGUAUUGGUGUUGGUGUUGGUGUUGACUGCUGGCGCAAACUUCUGGCCAAGCAGGCGGCCAACUCGUCAUACUACAUUCGUACGUUGUGAACUGAGCUGAGCGGUUGCUUUUUGUACUUAGCUUAGCUUAACACUGUUUCUAUAGCUGCUCAGCAUUGCUUAGUCUACGCUUUGGGAAUUGAAGCAUUCGAUAUUUCAUGGCACAUGUGAGUGUUUGAAUGCACUUGUAGACGCCACGGCUAGCGACCAGCAGCACUUUAGCGCAGCAAACGCCAGGAAUAUCGUGUAAAUAUUUACACUGAGCUAAUAAAAAGUGCGCUUUGACGGUAUUUUAAUGAGCCAAGUGAACAGUACUGCAACUGAAAAAGUGAAACAAAGCUUAAAAUAACAAAGAAAAAAUAUAAAAGAAGGAAGUGAAAAAACUUACAGCAACGGAAGCAACAUAAACAUCCGUAAAAGGCCAAGAGUUGCAGAGUUUUCAAAAAUAAAAACAAAAAGAACAAACAACAAAAACUAAGUGCGACUAAGUAGUGGUGAAAAUAAAUAAAAGCGAUAAAUAACAACAACAGCAACAAUCGCACUUCCGAACUACAGUUAAAAUUUUAUGACAACAGCUUGAGUAACAUUGGCAAUCGAAGCAGCAGCGCUGAAGAGUCACCAAGUCGUGGUGAACUAUUACAAAUUAGCAACAACAGCGGCCAUAAAAACAACAACAACACUUUGAUAUAAUUCGAAAAGACCAACAUCUAAUGACUACAACACAACAACAAUUACAAGAAAAUUCAUAAAUCAAGCGAAGUAAAUAUUUGAAAAGGCAACAGUAAACAACGGUCAAAUAUAUAAGGAAAACGCCACCAACUAGUGGCAGAGGAGUGAAGCAACCGCCAGAGCAUUAGCUGCCAACAAACGUCCAGUCCAGUACAACUGUUUAUUUGGGCCAUUCAUUGAAACAAGCCAUCCACUUAACCACUUAAAGCGGUCAAACCGAGCGGUUGGUUAAAGACCCAAAAAGGACGCGCUACGCAACAGGACCACCCACUAACCACCCAGUACAGAAAAAAUAUACACUUACAUACGGAUAUACGGUAUAAGCGCAUAAGGAAAGUGUGGCAAAACAUUGUACGCAUUGACCAAUCAAGCCAAAAGCAUCAGGCUAAUCUCGGAUCCUACAUUAUAUUGUUGUACUGUUGUUGUGCCACAGGGUAAGUACCCACACAGUUGCACUGGCGCACUACAGACAACACUACAAUAACACCAACAACCACAACAACGCCCCCAAUUUUGUUGCCGGCGGCGGUAGUGGUGGUGCUGGUGUCGGUGUCGGUGCUGGCGCUGGAGUGCCCAUUAUUAUGGAGGGCCCCGAGGUGACUUUCCUCUUUCAAUUUGGCAGUUUGCGCGAUGCUGUUUCGGUGGCCGCCAGCAGUUUGACGCUGAAGUCGCUUAAGGACUUAGCAUGUGAAUUUAUCAAUACAAAGAUACCCGACAGCGGUUUGACACAUUUACCCGAGCGUGUACUACUCUUUCGCCAUGACUACAACAGUCCCAAUGUGUUGCACAUUAUCAACUCGGCUUCGGAAGUAGUCGACGAGACGUUGGUGGAAAUCGUACUGACAGCCAGCCCUAUUUUGUAUCCCACGUCGGAAAUGCCAACGCUAAAGCCACAUACGCUCAAUGUACAUUCGUACAAAGCGCCAACAUUUUGUGAUUUCUGUGGUGAAAUGCUAUUCGGCUUGGUGCGCCAAGGACUCAAAUGUGAUGGUUGCGGCCAAAAUUACCAUAAACGUUGUGUGGUGAAGAUACCCAACAAUUGCAGUCGCCCCAAUGAUUCUACCUCGAGACGUUCGUCGGCGCUACAGCCGCCACGCAGUCCUUCGGGUGGUUCAACACAAUCGCUGAUUUCGAACGAUGAACAGGCGCGGAGUGACGGCGGUAGCUCACUGAGUGUUCCGCAUUAUCGUAGCCACAGUCGCUCUCCGUCCUCCAGCAGCCGCAAUGGCACACACGGCAGCAAUCACUGCCUCGCCGCCAACAUUUCCAUGUACACGCCCACUUUUGCUUACGCCGAGAAGAUACGCAUUCCACACACCUUCAUGGUGCACACUUACGGCAUACCGACCGUUUGUCAAUACUGCAAGAAACUGCUGAAGGGUCUGUUUAAGCAGGGUCUGCAAUGUAAGGAUUGUCAAUAUAAUGCGCAUAAGAAAUGUCUGGACAAAGUGCCACACGACUGUACCGGCGAGCGGCAGUUACAAGCCAACGAUUAUGCGGACAACACGCCCACACAUGGCCAUGCAUCGAAAGCGGACAACUUCUUCCGCGAAGAGUUCGAUGACAGUGAUUUCGAAGACAAUCCAUCGCCAAGUGCUAGCGGUGGCUAUAUGAGCAACGCGGCGGCGCAUAAGUAUGGCUCGGCAGCUGCUGCUGCCAAAUCUACGCGCACAGGGGUGCCAAAGACCACAACAAAUGCGCACAAUUCUCCGCCGGAACUGGUUAAUGGGCUGGUCGGCAGCACGGAUGGGCGAGGCGCAUACGCGGAUGCACGUAGCGCCGGUGAAGGACAGUCAAUUGAUGGACAAUCGGAGCAAUCGAGCUCGUCGUCAUCGCCCAGUGCCAAUAUACCACUAAUGCGUAUCGUACAAUCGGUGAAACACACAAAGAAACGUGGCGGCCAAGCCAUCAAAGAGGGCUGGCUGGUACAUUACACCAGCUUGGAUAAGACAGUGAAACGUCACUACUGGCGCUUGGAUUCGAAGACUCUAACGCUGACGCUGUUCCUCUCCGAACAGGGUAGUAAAUAUCACAAAGACAUACCGCUAUCUGAAAUACAAGGUAUAGACACAAAUCGCGAUUUCCGUGUAGACAACAACUAUUGCUUCGAGCUGAAGACAGCUACGAUUAGUUAUUAUGUGGGACAGGAUCCAUUGGUGGGUAUACGUGAGGAGCAAGCGGUAAGACUGCCGCCCGCAGACAGCGGCAUUGGCUCGGAUAUUGCCAAGAGCUGGGAGACAAUCAUCCGACAGGCCUAUAUGCAUGUAACAAAUACACAAUGCUGCGAAUCCGAAGAGAACGUACAGGAUAUGGGACAGUUGUAUCAAAUAUUCCCAGACGAAGUGCUUGGUUCGGGUCAAUUCGGCGUCGUUUACGGUGGCGUUCACAAGAAAACCAAACGUGAAGUGGCCAUUAAAGUUAUUGAUAAGUUGCGGUUUCCCACCAAACAGGAAGCACAACUCAAAAAUGAAGUUGCCAUAUUGCAGAACAUUUCACAUUGUGGUGUUGUGAAUUUGGAGCGCAUGUUCGAGACACCUGAACGCAUAUUUGUUGUGAUGGAAAAGCUUAAAGGUGAUAUGUUGGAGAUGAUUCUCUCGCACGAACGCGGACGGCUCAGUGAACGGGUGACGAAAUUCCUCAUCACACAGAUACUCAUAGCGCUGAAGCAUCUGCAUAGCCAAAAUAUUGUGCAUUGUGACUUGAAGCCAGAAAAUGUGUUGCUCUCCUCCGACGCCGAAUUUCCACAAGUCAAACUGUGUGAUUUCGGUUAUGCCAGAAUUAUUGGUGAGAAAUCGUUUAGACGUUCGGUUGUGGGAACACCAGCCUACUUGGCGCCAGAGGUGUUGCGCAACAAAGGCUACAACCGCUCACUGGAUAUGUGGAGUGUUGGCGUGAUAAUUUAUGUCAGCUUGAGCGGCACGUUCCCCUUCAAUGAAGAGGAGGAUAUAAAUGAUCAGAUACAGAAUGCCGCAUUCAUGUACCCCCCAAAUCCAUGGAAGGAGAUCUCAUCUAAUGCCAUUGAUCUCAUCAACAAUCUGCUACAGGUUAAACAACGCAAGCGCUACACAGUCGACAAAAGUCUACAGCACUAUUGGCUUCAAGACAAGCAAACCUAUCGAGAUCUGCGCAAUUUGGAGGGUCAAGUGGGUACACGCUAUUUAACGCAUGAGGCGGACGAUAUACGGUGGGCCAGCAGCGGUGACAUGUGACCUGUUGGAGUAGAGACCGAAGAUGCCAGUUCACAAGAAGGAAACCACAAAGAUGCAGUGCAACAGAAGGAUAAUAACCAACAGCAAUUAUCACAAUUGUCAGCCGGUGAACAGCAACGACCGCGUCAUCGUCAAAAGUCAUCCAUAGAACAAGAACCACAACAACAUCAACACAUCGAUGCGGAAGCUUGCGGCUGUCGCAGUCUGCCCAACACACCCAAAGUGGAAGCGAUCGGUGAUAAGGCCAUCAAAUGGAUGCGUGGUCAUCUGUGUCGGAAUGUGAAAUGAGAUUCAGAUACAUUAUACAUAUAUUAGUUUAAAAUUACAAAAAUUAAAUGUACGUGGAUGUGUAUUCAGUUAGUAGAGAAAGCAAAUAUGAAAAUCUUUAGCAAAGCCAUGGAAGGAGAACAAAUUUUUCGUGAAUAUUUAUAGAAUUUAGUGAUCUAACUACGACCAACUAACUACAUAUAGUAAAUAUAAAAUACAUAUGUGCUACAUACAGUAUACAGACGCAUAUACAAAAAUUCUCUAAAGUGCCCAAUAGGCGAAUUUGUUUCUUUACAAAUUUUUCUAUAACUAACAAAGUGAACAAGAAGUCGAGUAAUCGCGUGAACGAAGUAGAUGAGUAUUUACAAUUGUGGGCUAUGGAAGCGCAUAUUGCUCUAAUCACGAAAGUGUGUGAUAAUCUAAAACAAUUUCAAACUAUAAUUUCACUUCAAUAACAGUAACCCAUACGACAUGAUAACCGUUAGCUUGUGACGCAAUUUUGAUUCAAGAGAUAUUCGUCGCACUUAUUCUUGUAUUUCCUCUGAUUAAAACACACUUUCGGUAUUGGAGCAUUAUUCACAGCAGAUGUUUAUAUAAGAUAUAGAAUUUUCCUCUCAACCGUACCUUACUCGAUUUUUGUAUGGAAUUGUAAUUUACUUGUAACACCUAUGAACAUAACAAAAAAGGAAUUUAAUUAAAUUACACUUAUAAAUAAAUAAAUAAAUAAAUACAUUUAAAUACUAUUAUUGAGUGCGCCAAAUAAUGGCAAA